AUGGGACAUGUGAUGGCAAACUGUUAUAAAAUAAAAAAUAGGAGUAGACAAUUAAAUGGGAAUAAUAAUGGAAAUAAUGGGAGCGGUCCGUCAGGAACAGGGUUAAUAACAGUAAAUGAAUAUCAAGCACAGGUAUUAACAAUAGUAGAAAUAGAAGAUGAUUGCGUGACUUGUAAAGUUCCAUUCUUAAAACAUGAUAUAGGUAGAUUUUUGGUAGAUAGUGGUGCAGAUUUGAAUUUAAUUAAGUUUUCAAAAUUAAAAGGAGAGGUAAGAAUAUUUCCAAGCAAAAAAGUAAGGUUACGGGGAAUAAAUUCUACACCGGUAUUAACACUAGGGCAGACAACGUUAAGUUUAGAAACAAAUGGCAAAAUAUUAACGUCAUUAUUUGAAAUAGUAUCAGAUGAAUUUCUGAUUCAUACGGAUGGGAUAAUAGGAAAGAAAUUACUAAAAGAUUAUAAAAUGUGCAUUGACUUAGAAAAUGAUGUAUUAAUAGUGCCGGAUAAUCGAAUUAGUAUUCCACCACAAACUCAAACAAUAGUACCUAUAUGGGUAGAUAAACCAAUACAAUGUAAAUGUUUAAUGAUACAAGGUAGACACGUUACUACGGACGUGUUAAUGGGUAGUGUUAUAGGCAGUAUAGAAACCGAAAGUGUGAAAGGAAUAAUAUUAAAUAACUCUGAUAAAUGGCAGGAAAUAGAUGAAUUAAAAUUAAGUGAGUUAGAUUACGAGGAAUAUGAAGAUUGUGAACAAAUAUUAGUUUGCAAUAACGAAAAUAAUAGGAUUGAUUUAUUAUUGGACGUAUUAAGAGUAGAUCAUUUAAAUGCAGAAGAAAAAGAAUCUAUAUACGAAAUUUGUUUUAAAUACGCAGAUUUAUUUUUUUUGGAGGGUGAUAAGUUGUCAACGACAAAAUCAAUUAAACAUACAAUACCAGUUCCAGAGGGAAUUGCGUCGAUAAAUGUAAAACCUUAUAGGUUGCCCAGGAUGCAAAAAGAAGAAAUAGAGAAGCAAAUAAAAGAGUUGGAAGACAGUAAAAUUAUUGUAAAAAGUAGUUCCGCAUGGAAUGCGCCGUUAUUAGUGGUACCAAAAAAAGAUGAUGCAUCUGGAAUUAAAAAAUAUAGAGUAUGCGUAGAUUUUAGAAAAUUAAACGAAGUAACAGUAGGGAAUGUAUUUCCAUUACCUCAGAUAACAGAAAUUUUAGAUGAACUAGGGAAAUGUAAGUAUUUUACGACAAUCGAUCUAGCAUCAGGCUAUCAUCAAAUCGAAUUAGACGAAAAAGACACAGAAAAAACAGGAUUUUCAACAGGAGUAAAUCAUUAUAAAUUUCUAAGAUUACCAUUUGGAUUAAAAGGAGGACCUAGUACUUUUCAAAGGUUAAUGAAUAAUGUAUUAACGAGAUUACAAGGGGUANCUACUCUUAAUCUGAUCAAAGUGGUGGACCAAAUAAGCAUAAAACAAAACAAUAAAUAAUAAACAACACGCAGUGGCCGUCUUAUUUGACAACAGAAAAACUUUCACUCUAAGGAACCAUGUGUAACAAAAGGAUAAUAAUCUGUGGCUAGUUCAAUGGCUACACAAACUAUUUAUACCAAUCAAUAUCAUAAAAUUAUCAGAAUUGUUUAAAAAUAAAUGCCUCAUCAUGGUUUCCAUUGUGUAAUCGACGUGUGCGUGUCAACAAUAUUCGCGUUUGAUGAUCGUAGUGCUCUGGAAUCAAUGUAUUUCUUGUAUUGCGUGCAUCGCAUUGCGAUUUUAUUCUGAACGAAUUUAAAUUAUAUUUGUAUAAAUUAAUUUAUUCAAUCGAAAAAUAUCGAAAAUGACGAAAUCUAGAUUCACUACAACUGACCAUGAGCUGUUAUUUUAAAAAGUGAGGAAAACUAGUGUGUUAUACAAAAUCCGCAACGACAGUCGCAGUUUGAAAACCGUACCAUGAGCCACGUCUCUCGGGCAGACGCUAAAUCAUAAACGAUACUUUUUAGAGUGGGCUCUUGAUCAACAAAUGCUACGACCCAAAAUUUCAUUAGGAAUAAAUAUUCGCUUUACUGGAAAUAGCGCAAUAACCAUAUCAUAUUAAAUGAGUAUAUAAAGAACAUGUAACAAUAGAAGUAGAACCCUCAGAAUUCAAAUCAUUUCACAAAUCUAUNAGAUUUAUUUUUCACUAAUUUUUUUUUAUUUCUUGUAGCAUUCAAUUUCUUUGCAAUUCGAUCAUUCUCUGUAACCAUAAACAAAUAUAUUAAUAAGAACUCAAAAACAUAUUUAAGAGAGGCAAUCACAACUUAAUUGCCCAGUUUUUACUUGUAAAUGUGUUUAAAUGAAAAAAAAUUAAAAAUGAUCGUGUUAAAGGAUUAUUCAAAAGUAGUGCUAGAUUUAAAUUGUUUCA